AUAGGAGCCUACACUGGCAUCUGAUUGGAGCAGGCUUUUAUCAGGGGGGCUUGUUUACCCAGGAGCCCUUUUGUUGACUCCAUCUCCACCCAGAUGCAGGGGACACUGAGGAGACUUCACUCCUAAGAAGAUGGCUUCAACAUUGGCUUUGCUGGUCCUUUGCCAAGUAGCUUUAUACACAACUGUAACAUCCAUUAAAGUUUGUGGCCGACCUGUUGUCACUGACGGGAUUGACAAGUCAACCCUAAAACGUGUGUAUGAGUUUGGAGAAGAGGUGACCCUAACAUGUGGACGGGGGUACUUGCCUUCGACAGUAACCCCUCGAAGGAUUACCUGCACCGACACAGGAGAAUGGACACAGUCAGACCUGGCAUGCUCCCCUAAGAUGUGCCCAAUCCCUAGACCUCUGCAGCCAUUAGCAAUGGGAAGGACAGAGGCUCCAUUCAAGAGUGUGCUUAACUUCACAUGUGAUGAUGGGUACGUCAUGCAAGGAGCCAGUGAGAGCAGGUGUUUACAUGAUGGCACCUGGAGCGAUCCACCACCUCUCUGCAAAGCUGUGAACUGUCCACUGCCCAAGCCACCUAGCGAUGGAAGAAUUGCCCAUGAUAAGCCAGUUACUGGAAGCAGCACCAUGUAUGGGCAAGGCUGGACAUAUGAGUGUAACCCACCGAAGGCACCAAGUUAUGAGAGAGGAUCCUGCAUGGCUGAUGGAAGUGCAACUGAGCCACCGGUGUGCCAAGAGGUGAGCUGCACCAUCCCAACAGGCAUACCGAAUGGCUUCAUCACCUUUGCUGUAAAGAGACAACAUGGCUACAAGGAAAAGGUUAAGUACGCCUGCAAUGAGCAUUAUAUUCUGGAUGGUGAGGCUGAGAUACAGUGCCAAAACACGGGAAACUGGUCUUCCAAACCAGUUUGCAGAGCUCCCUGCAAAGUUAAUAUCAAAAGAGGCCGUAUCUUCUACAAUGCCAAGAAGCUUUGGAUUUCAGACCUGAAACCCAACAGAGUCCUCCACGGAGAACAUGUCGUCUUCUAUUGUCUGAACAGAGCUGAGAAGUGUGGCUACCCUGUGGCCAGCACUUGUAAUGAUGGAACCCUCCCCCUCCCAGAGUGCUUUGAGGAACCAGGCAACAUGGAAUACAACUUAAGGCCCAAAACCCUUCCAUCAGAAAUCACAAUGUGUGCUGCUUCACCCCCUGCAAGCCCCACAAGCUCUGCAAGACCUGCAUAACUGCACAGAAUGACCCAAAACAUCAUUUACACCUACGUGUUGAUGUGAAUGAAUCUGUAAAAGUAUGCCUAAAGAC